AUGGCGGGAGAGUGUUGUCCAACGAUGGAUCUGCUGCGGUCGGAGCCAAUGCAAUUGGCGCAACUCAUCAUCCCUAUGGAAUCGUCUCGCCACGCCAUCUCCUACCUCGGCGACCUUGGCCUUUUCCAAUUCAAAGAUCUCAAUGCGGAGAAGAGCCCAUUCCAGCGAACAUAUGCCACUCAGAUCAAACGGUGUGGGGAAAUGGCUCGCAGGCUACGUUUCUUCAAGGAGCAAAUGAAGAAGGCUGGCUUGUCGCCCUCAACAAGGUCUACAACAGGCAAUGAUAUUGAUCUCGAUAACUUGGAGGUCAAACUCGGUGAACUUGAAGCCGAGCUACUAGAAAUUAAUGCAAACAAUGAACAUUUACAACGCACUUACAGUGAAUUAUUAGAAUAUAAACUUGUUCUGCAGAAGGCUGGCGAGUUUUUCAAUUCAGCUCAAAGCAGUGCUGCAGCUCAGCAGAGACAAUUUGAAAGGCAGCACAGUAUUGAAAAAUCCAUUGACAGUCCAUUAUUACUCGAACAAGAAAUGACAACAGAUCCAUCAAAGCAUGUUAAGCUCGGGUUUGUUAGUGGUCUUGUUCCUAGAGAAAAAUCGAUGACCUUUGAAAGGAUUCUGUUUCGUGCAACCCGGGGUAAUGUGUUUCUGAAGCAAGCUGUGGUCAAUGACCCUGUUGUUGAUCCUGUGUCAGGAGAUAAGAAUGUAUUUAUCAUCUUCUAUUCCGGAGAAAGAGCAAAGAAUAAAAUUCUAAAAAUAUGUGAAGCUUUUGGGGCGAACCGUUACCCAUUUACAGAUGACUUGGGAAAACAGUUUCAGAUGAUUACAGAGGUGUCUGGAAAACUUUCAGAGCUGAAGAUUACCAUAGAUGCUGGACUCUUGCACAGGAGCAGUUUAUUACAGACAAUUGGCCAUCAACAUGAGCUGUGGCACCUUCUGGUGAAGAAGGAAAAAUCCAUUUAUCACACGUUAAACAUGUUAAGCAUUGAUGUGACAAAAAUGUGUCUUGUUGCAGAAGGUUGGUGUCCUGUAUAUGCAUCAAACCAGAUUCAAAAUGCGUUGCAGAGGGCAUCCUUUGAUAGUAGCUCUCAAGUUGGCGCCAUUUUCCAGGUUUUGCAGACAAAGGAAUCGCCACCAACAUAUUUCCGCACAAAUAAAUUCACUUCUGCUUUUCAAGAAAUUGUGGAUGCAUACGGGGUUGCCAAGUAUCAGGAGGCUAAUCCUGGUGUAUACACCAUUGUCACAUUCCCUUUCCUUUUUGCUGUAAUGUUUGGAGAUUGGGGCCAUGGUAUUUGCUUGUUGCUGGCAACACUAUAUUUCAUAAUCAGGGAGAGGAAGUUUUCUAGUCAGAAACUUGGGGACAUCGUAGAAAUGACAUUUGGUGGCCGUUAUGUUAUUAUGAUGAUGGCGCUGUUCUCAAUUUACACAGGAUUGAUAUAUAAUGAAUUCUUUUCAGUCCCAUUUGAAUUAUUUGGGCCAUCUGCCUAUGGGUGCCGUGACCAAUCCUGCAGCGAUGCUACUACAGUGGGUUUGAGUAAGGUCCGUGGCACUUACCCAUUUGGUGUGGAUCCUAAAUGGCAUGGUUCCCGGUCCGAGUUACCGUUUCUUAACUCGUUGAAGAUGAAGAUGUCAAUCCUACUUGGAGUAGCCCAGAUGAAUCUUGGAAUCAUAUUGAGUUACUUUAAUGCAAAAUUCUUUGGGGAUAACCUGAAUAUCUGGUACCAAUUUGUUCCUCAGAUUAUAUUUUUAAACAGCCUGUUUGGCUACCUUUCACUCCUAAUUAUAGUGAAAUGGUGCACUGGUUCACAAGCUGAUUUGUAUCAUGUAAUGAUAUACAUGUUCUUGAGUCCUACUGAUGAUCUGGGUGAAAACCAGCUUUUUUUUGGGCAAAAAUUCCUUCAGAUUUUGUUACUACUAUUGGCUCUUGUUGCUGUGCCAUGGAUGCUGUUUCCAAAGCCUUAUCUGUUGAAGAAGCAGCAUGAGGAGAGACACCAAGGUCAAUCCUACGCGCUGCUUCACGGCGGUGAUGACCCUCUUGAAGAGGACCACCAUCAAAGUUUGCAUGGUCAUGAGGAAUUUGAAUUCACCGAGGUCUUUGUACACCAACUCAUACAUACCAUAGAGUUUGUGCUUGGAGCAGUGUCUAAUACAGCUUCAUAUCUACGUCUAUGGGCACUCAGUUUAGCUCAUUCAGAGCUGUCCAGUGUAUUUUACGACAAGAUUCUACUUCUAGCCUGGGGGUUCAAUAAUGUCAUUAUCCUAAUCAUUGGCAUAAUAGUUUUUAUAUGUGCAACUGUUGGAGUGCUUCUAGUGAUGGAGACUUUGAGUGCAUUUUUACAUGCCUUGAGGCUUCACUGGGUGGAGUUCCAGAACAAGUUUUAUGAGGGCGCUGGUUACAAAUUCUACCCUUUUUCAUUUGCGUUACUCAGUGAAGAGGAUGAAUGA